GUUGCCAGGGUCUGAAGUGGUGGGUGGGAUGUUGUUUUGUGAUUGGCUGCUGUUUGUGGCGAGGAAGCUUCUGAUUGGCUGCUGAGCGGCGGAGUAGAUCCAUGUUGGCCAAAGGAAUUAAACGAAAAUAUUCGGAGGUGGAUGGAGGGAUGGGGAGCAACCCUGAUCCUGUGUUAGAACGGGAGUGUUGUUCAAUCCCCGCCAUCCAGUCUCACUGCUUAAUGAACAUAUCUCUGGUGAAACUUCACCGUAGUCUUCGCCAUGUAGAGCCUGAUCUGAGGCAUUUUGUGCUGGUGGCUAACACAUUACGCCGUCUUCAGGGCAACUUGCAGGUGGAACAAUGUGCUCCAGAUAUGUGGAAAACAUCUGAGGAGUGCACAAGGAGUGCUUUGGUGGUCCCUGAGAGCAAGAAGCCAGCCCUUGAAAACACAGAAGAUCCACUUUCCAGCAUGGAUGCCUCUUUAUAUUCUUCCAUUUCCACCAUACUUGAGGACUUAAAUAACUUUGAGGGUCUGAGCAGCUCACCUCUUCCACAGAUAGAAGAUGAUCAGCUGUGUGCCCCUAAAGCCAACCCAGUUUCAGGGAGUGCUGAGGACAUGGUGAAACUGGCAUCAUCGUCUAGCUUGCUAAGUUCCUCACCAUACCUUUUGGGGGAAAACCUGGGGGACAAUCUAGAGGACAUAUUUGAAGACAUUGAUACCUCUAUGUAUGACAGUGACCCUUGGGCGAGUAGUAAUCUUUUAAACUUUAAAACAUUUUCAAAUGUGGAUGAUAUUGAAGAUAAGAAUGGUGAAAGCACUGUUCUAGCACUUAGUGAAUGGGACUAUCUAAUGGAUGUGUUUGGUGAGAGCCAAGAACUGCUGGCAACCUCUGCUGUUUCUUUAAGGACUCAAUGAAGUAUCUUGCAACAAGACACUACUACUGUAAAUAAUGUGCACACUGGACAUUAAUUUAUUUUCUAAUUAACUAAUCUCACGGUCUCAAUGUUAUAUAUUUAUAGCCAGUAAAAUGCAACUUUCAGGGAAGUGAAAUGUUAAUAUAUUUUUCAUGGAGAAAAAUUUCCUAAAAGAUUGCGGUUUAUUAUCAAAAGAAAAAUUUGUAUUUUCUUUAGGCACAAGGCCAGUGCAAUUCAGUAUAUAAAAGUGUAAUGUUAUUAGAAACAAUUCAUACUUAAACAUACACUAUAGCCAUUAAGCAGUAAAUAAACUUCUUUCCCCCUGCACUGGAUGGCAGUGCUUCAGUUUCCUUCAGGUUUUUUUGGGGUGCUAGAGUAAAGGCCAAAAUAAAUCCUGAACAGCUCUUUCCCUGUUCCUGUGAUGCCUUGACAAAUCAUUUGUGCCAUUUUCCCAGCCUACAAUUAUCUGUUCCUUCAGAAGUAUUAUGAAGGAGCUAGCGACAUGCAAGUUUGUAUCAUUGAUCCAUAGUGUCAUUUUAAAAAUAACUAUUUUAGAAAAUGUGAGCUUCAUCUUUACCUUUGUACAUAAAAUAUGUAAGUAAGCCAUUUGAGAUCAAACUAAUAUCCUGUAAAUAAGAUAUACAACAACCUUCUAUGCUUUCUAAAGUUAAUAUCAGUAAAAUAGUUCUAAAGAUGUCACCAAGUUUUUUCAUUUUGAUUUUUCUAUUCAGAUUCAAGCAUUGACUAGGAAAACUGAGUGUAGUUGUAAAUAUACAUUUCGUGGAUGUAUGCACUUCAAAAGUAAAAAAAAUAUAGCUCACCUCAGUGUCAACCCAAACAGUGAGAACGCCCUAACAGAUGUCAUAUGGGCACUGGCAUCAUUGGUACAUCAUACCCAUAUGUUUGGGUAUGAUGUAUGAUGCAAUGUUGUGGUUUCAUGGAAACUGUAUUGAAAUGCAAGGUUAUCAAGUCAUAACAAUUACAGCAGUUCUAAUGGAACCUGUGAGAUUUGUGAAAGAAACAUUUAUACUGCAUUUCUUGAAGAUAUAGCAAUACUGAGAUUUAGAUCAUACCUUACCUAAAAGGGGUUUUAUUGCCGGAAUUAAUACAUUUUUCAGAAUUAUUGUGUAUUUUCAGCUUCUCCAUGUUUUUAAACCACUGUGUAAUAACCUUUUGUUUUUAUUUGAAGUAAUUUAAUUGAGGAAUUCCUGACAACCAAAUCUGUAGUUACACAAACAUGCCCUUAAAGCUUUAUUUCUCCUGUACAGCUGGCAAACAGAUGUUUUCUGCACACAAGGCCAGUGCCUUAACCUUGUUUAACCUUAUUUAUGCAAAUAUGUAUUCUCUGUAUAAAUGUUUUCUGAACUAAAUGGUAACUACAAUUAAAUUCUUUCCUGAAAGGUAACAGGGCUCAGGGUCUUUUAAGAUAUUUAAAGGGCUGUUUAUUACAGUCAAUAUUUAAACCUUAAAGCUUCAAAAUUAGCAGAUUGUAUUUAUUGCCAUUUUGUGGCCAUGUAUUGAUUUUCUAACUAAUAUUAAUUUGUGGAUUGGAUUCAUAUUUAUGCUUUGUGAAUAUUUAUUAUCAAAAUAAAAAGGUUUUCAUA